GGUACUCUACUAGGUAGUUUGUACACUUUUGAGCGCAGAACAUGAUUGCUCUAAAGAGCUUUUGAGUUUUGAUUUUGGUGUUUAGCAAUUAGCUGGGUUAUUAUUUGGAUUUCAUUUCUAGAUUACAUGUAAAGAGAACAGAAUGCUGUUAAUAAUUCAUAACGUACCCGUACAAAUGCGAUAUAGCGAUGUUAGGGAUUUUCUAAUAAGCAAAAGUGGUAUACAGCAAUUAAUCCUGGACAAUCUUAUACAUGAAAAAUCGGGAAGCAAACAACAAGUGACGGUUGGCCUAGUAGAUGAAAGCGAUGCCGCUAUUUUUGUUAGAAAAAUUAACAACCUGUAUUUAGAUGGUGAACCAAUAUAUAUUGAGAAUGUUGGACAAAAAAUGGAAUUAGAACAACCAUAUAGACCACCACAAUAUCAUACACAAUCCCGUAAAGAUGUGGAGUCUACAGUGGAACAGUAUUCUUUAUUGAAGCCUAAUAGAACUGAUUUUGGCAACAAGCAUGCUCUAAUGAUAUCAACUUUACCACCUGUUGGAAACAUACCUUCAUAUACUCCAAUGAUAAAACAGCUAGAGGCUCAGCCGACUCCAGUAUCAACUUUUCCACAAAACUCAUAUUUUCUUCAACCAGACGGUCAUGCAGUUUUUCAGCCCAACAGCCUCUGGUUUAGUAGCACACAAGAGAACAGAGAUGACCAAAGUUAUUUUGAUCAGAGACCACAAAAUCUCCGAUUGCAAAGCAGCACACAUGAGAACAGAGAUGACCAAAGUUAUUCUGAUCAAAGACCACUAAAGCGCGGAUUCCAAAAUUGCACACAUGAGAACAGAGAUGACCAAAGUUAUUCUGAUCAAAAAUCGCAAAAGCGCCGAUUGCAAAGUAGCACACAUGAGAUCAGAGAUGACAAAAGUUAUUUUGAUCAAAAACCACAAAAGCGUCGAUUGCAAAGUAGAACACAUGAGAACAAAGAUGACAAAAGUUAUUUUGAUCAAAAACCACAAAAUCUCCGAUUGCAAAGCAGCACACAUGAGAACAGAGAUGACCAAAGUUAUUCUGAUCAAAGACCACUAAAGCGCGGAUUCCAAAAUUGCACACAUGAGAACAGAGAUGACCAAAGUUAUUCUGAUCAAAAAUCGCAAAAGCGCCGAUUGCAAAGUAGCACACAUGAGAUCAGAGAUGACAAAAGUUAUUUUGAUCAAAAACCACAAAAGCGUCGAUUGCAAAGUAGAACACAUGAGAACAAAGAUGACAAAAGUUAUUUUGAUCAAAAACCACAAAAGCGUCGAUUGCAAAGUAGCACACAUGAGGUCAGAGAUGACCAAAGUUAUUUUGAUCAAAAACCACAAAAGUGCCGAUUCAAAAGUAGCACCCAUGAGAACAGAGAUGACCAAAGUUAUUUUGAUCAAAACCCACUAAAGCGUCGAUUCCAAAGUAGCACACAUGAGAACAGAGAUGACCAAAGUUAUUUUGAUCAAAAACCGCAAAAGCGCCGAUUCCAAAGAAGCACACAUGAGGUCAGAGAUGACCAAAGUUAUUUUGAUCAAAAACCACAUAAGCGCCGAUUGCAAAGUAGCACACAUGAGAUCAGAGAUGACCAAAGUUAUUUGGAUCAGAAAACACACAACCGCCGAUUGCAAAGUGGCUUUGUUUCUUUUAGUCACUCUGAAGAAUGCGAUCGUAAUCCUAAAUACGAAAAAAAAUCACACUCGCAUUUCUCCGGCAGCGAAAUAAAAGAACCUAAUCCAAAUGUCGUCAAUCAAAAUUCACCAGAGUCUCAUGUUAAAUUAAAUUAUGUAAAAAAUCUUCUAAACAGUAGACACAUUUUUAACCUGAACCAUGCAGCAUCCCAAAUAGCUAAUGAAAUUAUGGCGAAUUUGGAAAUCUUAUCAAAUGAUUCCACUGAUUUUAACAAUAAAUUAAAAAAUAAAAUUCUUAUCCGUUUAAAAGGCUUGUAUGUUAAUGGAUCGUGCUUAUCGCAAGAGCAAGCUGUUGCUGAAUAUAGAGAAAAAUAUCCAGCGAGUGAAGAUAGGCUAUUUAUCGAAUUUGUGGCGGAGCAAGAAGGAUUUUCUAAAAAAAUUGCUUAUAAUAUCAACACUCCUAAGGAUGCCCAAAUUUCGCAUCCACAUCCCUUCACCGCUAAACGAAAGAUAUCUAACGUUAAGAAAUUACAAGACGAAUCAUGCGUUACACCGUAUGAGGUAAAAAAUGAAAACCACUCUUAUAUCCUAAAUUUCAUUGCAAAAAAAUUGGCUAAUGAUAUGAUAAAAAAUAUCAAAGCCAAGACACUUUCAAAUUAUCCAUACAACAACAUAACACAAGUUUCACUUAAGAAGGCUGUUCGUAACCGAUUAGAUGAUAUAUAUCUUAAUAGAACGUGCUAUUCUAACAAACAAGCUCUUAGGGAUUAUAGAAACAAAUUUCCAACGAGCGAUGACGAAUCAUUUGUCAAAGGUUACGUGGAGCAAAAAGAGUUUUUUAAAUUGAGGAGAAAGGCUAAAAGAGAAAGAGCGUAUCAUAAGUUACUUGAAGGCCGUGAAAUCAUCAAGAAUGCGCAAAACACACCUUUUGAUGAAAAAAAUCUGCCGGAUGAAGAUGAAGAGAAAAAGGAAGACUUAAUGGGAGGAGAUGUUGAAGUACUGAGUCCUACCGACAGGAAAGCACUUAACCAAGAGAUGAGCCUGAUUAGGAACCUGCUCACUGAGCUUGGUGCUUCGAAGAAUUUUCCCAGAUUAACUUGGAAGUAUUUUUGCGAUGACUUUGAGGAGAUUAUGACAAUACGUGCCGAAAAGCUAAUGCGCAAUAAAUCAAGAUUUCUAUUCGUUAAAGUUGAGUGCAACCCACCACAAGAUUAUUUGGGCAUGGAAGCGAUUGAGGCAUUUUUGAAGCAACGAUGCGGAAUUACUGCUAAGAUAACAGCACGAGAGAAGAUAUGGAUGGUGUGCUGUGAAAGCUUCGAUGUUUUUGACAAACUGUGUAAUGUGGGCAAAGUAUUUAUUGGAAAAGUGCGGGUAUCAUUUGAACCAUUUAAAUUAUCCAUACAUAAGAAUCGGCCCAGGUAUGCAGAAAUCCAAUUUUUGAUGAGUUCGUCUUCCGAAAAGGAUAUUGUUGUACCCAAAUACAAUAAUGAUGAUUAUUUUGAUGAUUGUAAAGAUUUUAUAAUACCCACAACUGAAGACAAUCAAAACGCCAAAGAAGCAAAAUUGACAGAAGACGAUUGCAAUGAGAUAAUUUGCGACGAAAAAACUGUAGACGGCAGUCACGGUGUACAUAAAGAAAAUGUAGCUGUAACUCCUACCAACAACGAUGAUGCCGUUGUACUGGAUAAUCCUUAUGAAAAUAACCCAAUAAGUGAUAUAAUAUGUAACAUUGAAACUGUGAACAGAUCACUUGAAAAAAUAGAACUUAUUGAACCGAACCAAGACCUUGUUAUAAACGAAGAUGAUUUGGAAGAGUUUUAAGCAGUCUUUACCGUCAAUUUAACUUAUGUAACAUGAUUUGUAUUAAAGUAAUUUCAAUUGCAAGUGAGAAGUUAGUUGAUCGUUGUUAGAGUAUGGGUAUAUAAACUGUUUGACUAAUUCAACUACUAGAUUUAGCCUUGCCUAAAACCACAGACCAAGAGAGUGGCUUGAAUUUGCUUUCCUAGUACGGAAAAGUUCAAGUGGAAGUGCCCUUAGACUUCCUUACUAUGGGAAACAAUGUCGCCAAAUGUUAUCUGACAUCUGUAAUAUAUUAUAAUCAAUUAUCUUUAAAUUAAAAA